AUGGGCGUUGAUUUGGGCCCCAGCGAGGGCCCCGGCCACCUCGGGAACUCGCAGGGGCUGGAGGGCCUGCUGGGCCUGGGCGGGCUGAACCCGCUGGCCGGCACCAGCGUGGACAAUCCGCUGGCCUCCUACACGGAGGGCGGCGACUUUGAUCCGCGCGCUCACGCCGGCGCUCGGCACGUGCUGGAGGGCAUGGUGGAGAUUGGGCACGGCGGCAAUGCCAGCGCCCGCGCGCGCGAUGCGAACGACUACGCCAGCCCCGCGCCCGCCGCCUCCCACGGCUACGAGAGCCUGGGCCUGGUGGGCGCGCACUUCCCCGGCACGCCGCCGCGCGUCGCGGGUCUGGCCGCGCCCAAGCCCUCCCCCAGCUCGGUGGUGGCGGCGGCGCGGCGGCCUGCGCGCGGCGCCGGCGCCGCUGGCGCCGGGAUCGGCCCCGACGGGCCCCCCCUGGGCCCCGGCGCGCGGAAGGCCGGCGCGGCGGGGGACAAGGCGGCGCGCUCGUCCCAGUUCCGGGGCGUGACCAAGCACCGGCGGAGCGGCCGCUUCGAGGCCCACAUCUGGGUCAAGGACCUUGGGCGCCAGGUGUACCUGGGGGGCUACGAGUGCGAGGAGCACGCCGCGGAGGCGUACGACAUCGCGGCGCUCAAGUGCAAGGGCCGGCGCGGGUGCAAGACCAACUUCGACCUCACCAAGUACGCCGACCUGCUGGGCUGCAUCAACCGCAUGACCAUGGAGGAGCUGGUCAUGGCGGUGCGGCGCCAGAGCCAGGGCUUCAGCCGCGGCACCUCCUCCUUCCGCGGCGUGACCCACCACCCCUCGGGCCGGUGGGAGGCGCGCAUUGGGGUGCCGGGGUCAAAGCACAUCUAUCUGGGCCUGUUCAUCGAGGAGCGGGAGGCGGCAAAGGCCUACGACCGCGCCCUGGUCCGGCUCAGGGGCAGGGGCGCGGCCACCAACUUUGCACUGGGAGGUUCCAGCGAAAACAUUGGCGGCGGCAUGCUCCUCCCCGCCCCCGCCGGCUCCGAGUCGAAGACCCCGAUGCCCUGCCCCUCCUACUCCCAUGCGACCGCCUCCAGCGGGCAACACUAG